AUGACAACCUACGGCACAAUCCCAACCUCGCCAACCCCGAAACUCGAGUACAUCCCACGCGCCAAGCAGAGGAUCAAAGCUGGCCUCGGAACUCGCCGGUCAUGGAAGACCAUGUUCGACCUCCGAUCAUUCGGGGUCCCCUCCGGCGGCGUACCCGUCGCUGUUUCACGGGUUCGGGUCAACGUGGCGUAUUUCCGCAUGAACUACACCAUGGUGGCGCUUCUCAUCGUGUUUCUGAGCAUGUUGUGGCACCCCGUUUCGCUCAUCGUGUUCCUCCUCCUCAUGGCGGCGUGGCUCUUCCUCUACUUCCUCCGCGACGAGCCACUCGUCCUCCUUGGCCACCUCGUCGACGACCGCCUCGUGCUGCUCCUCAUGGCUGUGCUCACGGUGGUCCUCUUGCUCCUUACUGACGCCACCCUCAACAUCCUCGUCGCGGUUCUCGUUGCGGUGGUUGUCGUGGUGGCGCACGCCGCGUUCAGGAAGACGGAGGAUUUGUUCCUUGAUGAAGAAGAAGCCGUUAAUGUUGGCGCUGCUGCUUCUUGA